AUGCCACAGGACCUCAAGAAGUUGAUGCCCCAGGCAAAGGCAUACAGGACUGGUCCCUACACCUGUGAAGUCCCCAAUGCCCAAAAGGUAGAUGGCGAGACGGUACCGCGCCGCAACAACGCGGCCAAAGAUGGUCUCAUCUUGAAGCCCCACGACGAGGUCUCGACUCUCUACGACAUCCUGCGACACUCGGCCGCCAAGUUUGGAAAUGCAAAGGCCGUCGGUGCGCGUCGCAUCGUCAACAUACACGAGGAGACGAAGAAGAUCAAGAAGAUGGUCGACGGCAAGGAGCAGGAAGUCGACAAGAAGUGGCAAUACUUUGAGCUCAGCCCCUACAAGUACAAAAGUUUUGUCGAGUUUGAGCAAAUGGCUCUCUCAAUAGGUUCGGGUCUCAAGUCGCUGGGUCUCGAGCCACAAGACAGGCUGCACCUCUUCGCCGCCACUAGCAUGCAAUGGCUGGCUUCUGCCCACGGCGCGCUUUCCCAGUCAAUGGCCAUUGUUACUGCCUAUGACACGCUCGGAGAGGAGGGCCUCAAGCACUCUAUGCUUCAGACCAAAGCAAAAGUCAUGUUUACCGACCCAGAGCUGCUGCCCCGGCUCGUGAAACCCAUGAACGAGGCCAAGGACGUCAGAGUAGUUGUUUACUGCACAAAAAACGACCCCAAGCAAAAGGAUAUUGAUACCCUCACUCAGGCGCAUCCCCACUUGAAAGUCAUCAGCUUUGACGACCUGAUCAAGCUGGGUGAGGAGAACCCCGCAGAGCCAAUUCCGCCAAAGGCAGACGACCUGGCCUGUAUCAUGUAUACUUCUGGAUCCACUGGAACCCCCAAGGGUGUUAUGAUCAAGCACCGCAAUGUCGUUGCUGCCGUCGCUGGUGUCGAUGUUAUUGUAGGAAAGUACCUUGGACCUGGCGAUGUGCUCAUCACCUAUCUCCCUGCCGCACACAUCCUCGAGUUCGUGUUUGAAAACGCCGUUCUCUACUGGGGAGGCACCAUGGGUUACGGCACAAUCCGCACGCUCUCCGACCAAUCGGUGCGAAACUGUGCUGGUGACAUCCGUGAGCUGAAGCCCACCGUCAUGGUUGGUGUUCCCCAGGUAUGGGAGACCAUCAAGAAGGGCAUCAUCAACAAGGUCGAGGCAGGAGGCGCGCUCAAGAGCAACAUGUUCUGGGGUGCCUUCGCAGCUAAGGGUUUCCUCUUGGGCUCUGGCCUUCCCGGUAGUGGUCUUCUCGACACCAUCGUCUUCAACAAGGUCAAGGAGGCCACAGGUGGCAGGCUCCGAAUCUGCAUGAACGGUGGCGGUCCCAUUGCAAAGGAAACCCAGCGCUUCAUCUCCAUUGCCAUUACACCCAUGAUCAGCGGUUACGGUUUGACCGAGACUUGCGCCAUGGGUGCGCUCAUGGAUCCUUUGGCUUGGAACGAGAAGGCUCUUGGUGAGAUGCCCGGAUCAAUCGAGAUGAAGCUAGUUGAUUUUGCCGAUGCUGGAUACUUCUCCACCAACAAGCCUCCUCAGGGUGAAAUCUGGAUUCGUGGUGGCGGUGUCGUUGAUGGCUACCUGAACAUGCCCGAAGAGACCAAGGAAGCCUUCACUGAAGAUGGUUGGUUCAAGACUGGCGAUGUAGGCGAGUUCAACGCCAACGGAGAAAUCCGUAUCAUCGACCGCAAGAAGAACCUUGUCAAGACGCUUGCUGGAGAGUACAUUGCGCUCGAGAAGCUCGAGUCUGUCUACCGAUCUGCGCCCAUUGUCGCAAAUAUCUGCGUCUACGCUGCUGAGGACCGCCAGAAGCCCAUCGCCAUCAUUGUGCCCACUGAGCCACAGCUCAAGAAGAUUGCCGCUCAAGUCGGCGUCACUGGUGACCACCUUGAGGAGCUCGUCCACGACAAGAAAAUCAACUCUGCUGUGCUGAAGCAGCUGCAAGACGCGGGUCAAAAGGGUGGCCUUGCCAGCUUUGAGAUGAUUGAAGGCGUUGUCCUAGCCGAUGAGGAAUGGACACCACAAAACGGCCUGACUACCGCUGCGCAGAAGCUCAACCGCAAGGGCAUCUUGGAACACUACAAGAAGGAGGUCGAUCAGGCUUACGGCAAGUCUUAG